AUGUGGGUAACUUUCGCCCCGGAGACGUCCAACUUCUCGCCGGGAAUUCCGGAUCCGUGCCCUGCCAAUGUACGCGUCGACUACGAGGAUGCGAGAAACUUUGUCUAUGCUUACGCUUACGAUUGUGCCUACGCAAUUCAAUGGGAAGGAAUGCAGGUAGUCAACCAUCGAACGAUGCUGAACUGGGAGCCCACGCCUUACGUUUGGAUCUACGGGAUUAUGGGAGCUCUCGGCCUCCUGGUCUGCUUGAUCGCCCUCGGUUGCCUGGUUCGAUCCAAAAAACUAAACUACGGCGGCAAAGUGCUGCUCAUGGGAUAUUUGCUUUGUUGUGUCUACACCCACCUCAACUAUUUUUAUCGUAUCGACUGCAUUCUACGUUUUGACCCCGCUAAAGCUGUGAAUAAUCAUACCUACAACAGCUUCCCUUGCCUAAACGUUGAUGGCUAUCCAUUUUGCGGAUUCAUGCUGAACAUCAUAUCGACCUCCCUAGUCGAUUCGCUCAACUACACCCAUUACGCAAUGAUAUUCAUCGCGCCUGUAAAUCGUUUCAUCGAGCUUGGCAAUACCUUUAAAUGGAAGAAGUAUCUCCUCGUCACUCGGCCAAUCCUUCAAGUUUUCUUGCUAAUUGUCCUCCCGGCAUUGCCAUUCUAUGCGAUGAUUGGGCGUGCUCUCUUUUUCGCGAUUGCUCCUCAUACCCUUGCGUUUAUACUCCUUUUUAUGAUGAUAAGAAAGACUGGGGUUAAGAGUCUGAAAUCUGCAUUGACUCCUAGGAAUGGGGAUUAUGUCCUGCAACAGAUGCUCAUCUCCCAGCUUCUCCUCUUCCUCGUCUGGCUAAUCCAAUCGGCCUACGGUCUAUUUUACUACCACCCACCCACCGCCAUCAUGGAGCAAUUCAUCUUUCAAAUGGCCGGUCCGGUGCUGUUGACCAUUGGAAAUCCAAUUAUCCUGAUCUACUUCUACUGGUCGAACGCUGGCACGGCCCUCGCUAGAACA